AUGCCGGGCUCACUGGCGGACUACCUCGCCAAAAACUACCUAAACGCAGACCCAGCCCCAGACCGCCCCAAGAAGAAGCGCAAGAAGACCAAAGCCGCGGACACCGCUGGCACUGGUCUUAUUAUCGCAGAUGACGACGCCCCAGUCUUCGGCAAUGCGCGCCCCCUCGAAGAUGAUGAAUACAAGCCCUCCCUCGACACAUCGGCCGCGAGCGCCGAGUUUCGCCGCGCAAAGAAAUCCAGCUGGAAGACCCUUGGCGGAUCCGCGCCCGCCCCCGGGCAGAACGAGCAAGAAGCCGCAGACGCAAUCCUAGCCUCAGCAGCCGCGGAGCGCGCCGCCCGCCAAGCAGACGAAGAUGACGAGGGACCCGUGAUUGAAGGGACAGAAGAGGAUGCAGGACCCCGCAUGGAAACCGGGGCUCGAGCCGGCCUCCAAACAGCCGCGGACACAGCCGCGAUGGUAAAAGCACAGGAGCGCCGCAAAAAGGCUGAAGAAGCGCUUUACCGUGACCCGGCGGCCUCGGAUGAAAAGUCCCAAGAAACAAUCUACCGUGACGCCUCGGGCCGUAUCAUCAAUGUGGCCAUGAAACGCGCCGAAGCCCGCCGUGCCGAGGCGGAGAAAAAGGCGAAGGAAGAAGAAGCCCGCCAAGCGCUCCUGGGCGACGUCCAGCGGCAGCAGCGCGAGACGAGGAAACAGGAGUUACAGGAUAUUCGGGCGAUGCCGGUGGCGCGGGGGAUUGAGGACGAAGCGCUGAACGACGAAUUGAAGGAUGCCGCUAGGUGGAAUGAUCCUGCGGCGCAGUUCUUGACGCAGAAGAAGGGGCCUGGAGCGAGUGUUACUGGUCGGCCGUUGUAUAAAGGUGCGUUCCAGCCGAAUCGGUACGGGAUUCGGCCGGGGCAUCGCUGGGAUGGGGUGGAUCGGUCGACUGGGUUUGAGAAGGAGUGGUUUGCAGCGAGGAAUAAGAAGAGUCGGUUUGAGGCGUUGGAUUAUCAGUGGCAGAUGGAUGAGUAG